GCAGAACACAAAACAAGCUUUGUCGUCACAUCCGGAAAUUUUCAACAUGGAUCCAAGCGGUUUGAAGCUCAAUUUCUGGGAGAAUGGACCAAAACCCGGACAAUUUUAUUCAUUUCCAGGCAGCGGUUUAACCCCAGGAUGCGGACCUAUCAAACACACGCUGUAAGUAAAUCAUUUUGAGUGAUUUGAGUGGAGAUCCCUAAUAAUGUCCUCACUUUCGAUUUCCUCGGUACGCUGCAGUGCUGUAUCAUCAUGGUGGAGCAAGCUGAUGUAGCUACGCUAGUUAAUUAUGUUAGCUACACUAGCUCACGGACUACUGCACUGUUAUUUAGUUGGGCUACUAGCUAGCUAUCUAACUAAACUUAAUCUGCUCUCGCGCUUUGUAAUUCUAUUUCCAACAAAUUGACUGAUGACGUGAUAAGUUUCCCAACUAUGCCUCGCUAGUUAUCUACCUAAUCAUAUUGUGCUUAUGGUAGCUAAUGCUAGUAUGACAUGGCAGUUAGGUAGUUAACUAGCGAGGCAUAGUUGGGAGUUAGCUAAGAAAACUCACCAUAAUAAAAUAUACUUUUGAAUCAUAGAAGCAUAUUAUUUAACUAGUCCUACUCCCGGCAUAAUUUCAUUAUAUAUACAUGAGUCUAAUUGGACGUUCAGCAUUCAUCUCUCUGUAUUACAUUUGUAGUGUAACGUUAGCUAAUAAGACUUACCCAUGACAAACUUUCACAUUUUUCCCACCCUAAACUCAAGAAACCCCAUGGUGACGGGAACAUCAGUGCUGGGAGUGAAGUUUACAGGUGGCGUCAUCAUCGCAGCUGACAUGCUAGGCUCCUAUGGUUCCCUGGCACGGUUCCGUAACAUCUCUCGACUCAUGAAAGUGAACGACAGCACCAUCCUGGGCGCCUCGGGCGACUACGCAGACUACCAGUACAUGAAGCAGAUCAUCGAACAGAUGGUGUAAGUUUGAGGUUUCUUUCAGAAAAAACUCAGAUAUGCUGUCUUGUUCCUUGAUGGUGAAUAUUUCCAUUCACAAUCAUGGACCAAGGCACAUAUAUAGCAAAUAGACAAGCAGGCACAUACACAGCAAUCACAGUAGUUCAUAGUAUAUGUAAUGGCGAUUCCCUAUGAAAAGCCACUGGCACAGGAGAGAGCCGUCCAUAAUGCAUCCACAAGAAUCAGCUUUUCAAACGUUAACCAUUUUGGGUGAAGUUUCCAUUUAUUGCACAUAUGAAAUAUAAAUAGCUCCAAUACACAUAUUCCUAUACAAAAUGUGCAGAGUGACGCAUUCUAUAAGCUGUAUCUGUGAUACGGUAAGAACUGUAUGCCCUCUCACCUGUGCUUCCUACAGUGCAUUCGAAAAGUAUUCAGACCCCUUGACUUUUCCCACAUUUUUUUUACCGUUACAGCCUUAUUCUAAAAUGGAUGAAAUCGUUUUUUCUCCUCAAUCUACACACAAUACCCCAUAAUGACAAAGCAAAAACAGGUUUUUAGACUGAAACCCCCACCCGGAAAUAUCACAUUUACAUAAGUAUUCAGACCCUUUACUCAAUACUUUGUUGAAGCACCUUUGGCAGUGAUUACAGCCGAGUCUUCUUGGGUAUGACGCUACAAGCUUGGCAAACCUGUAUUUUGGGAGUUUCUCCCAUUCUUCUCUGCAAAUUCUCUCAAGCUCUGUCAGGUUGGAUGGGGAGUGUCGCUGCAAAGCUAUUUUCAUCUCUCCAGAGAUGUUCGAUCGGGUUCAACUCCGGGCUCUGGCUUGGCUGUGUGCUUAGGGUCAUUGUCCUGUUGAAAGGUAAACCUUUGCCCCAGUCUGAGGUCCUGAGCCCUCUGGAGCAGGUUUUUAUCAAGGAUCUCUCUGUACUUUGCUCUGUUCAUCUUACCCCCGAUCCUGACUAGUCUCCCAGUCCCUGCCCCCGAAAAACAUCCCCACAGCAUGAUGCUGCCACCACCUCUGUUUUUAUAGAAAGCUCAACAUUUGAGCUGUCAUUAAGUAGUAGAAAAGAUGGUAAAUAUGGAAUAGUUUGUGAUAUUAAAAUGAAGAGCACAGGGAAGAUCAUCUUCCAGAAUUAUUUUACCCCUGGGAAUUCCUACAUCCUAUGGAAGAAGGUGCUCUGAGUGUCAUUAGAGCAGAGAGUACAGUUGGGUGAUGGUUUGGCAUUGUUUUGAUAUAAUUUCCAGGGAGUAAAAUAAAUGCUGUGAACAAAAUUAAAGAUAAUCAUUUGGUGAAUCGGAUUUCUGGAAGAUGGAGCUAUAUUGUGCCAGAUUGUUUGCCAAUUGAGAUUGUUUUUUACACAAUCUGUCAAUUGAAAGCGGCUUGGAUGAGGUAUUUACUAGAAAGGGAAUAGAUUUCAGAUGCGAGACCUCUUUUUCCAAGCAGUACCUUAUGAAAGGGAUGAAGGUUAAGCUUAGUUUCCCAAGGUACCCCAUGAGCAAGGUACCCCAUGAGCACUCACAGUGCAGUUGGAAAGUAUUCAGACCCCUUGACUUUUUCCAAAUUGUUACGUUACAGCCUUAUUCUAAAAUGGAUUAUAAAUAAAUAAAAAUAUGCUUAAACAGGUUCUUAGAAAUGUUUGCAAAUGUAUUUAAAAAAAUGAAUAAUAACCUUAUUUACAUAAGUAUUCAGACCCUUUGCUAUGAGACUCGAAAUUGAGCUCAGGUGCAUCCUGUUUCCAUUGAUCAUCCUUAAGAUGUUUAUAUAACUUGAUUGGAGUCCACCUGUGGUAAAUUCAAUUGAUUGGACAUGAUUUGGAAAGGCACACACGUCUAUAUAAGGUCCCACAGUUGACAGUGCACGUCAGAGCAAAAACCAAGCCAUGAGGUCGAAGGAAUUGUCCGUAGAGCUCAGAGACAGGAUUGUGUUGAGGCACAGAUCUGGGGAAGGGUACCAAAAAAUGUCUGCAGCAUUGAAGGUCCCCAAGAACACAGUGGCCUCAAUCAUUCUUAAAUGGAAGAAGUUUGGAACCACCAUGACUCUUCCUAGAGCUGGCUGCCUGGCCAAACUGAGCAAUCGGGGGAGAAGGGCCUUCGUCAGGGAUGUGACCAAGAACCCGAUUGUCUCUGACAGAGCUCCAGAGCUCCUACGAUGAAGCAUGGUUGUGGCAGCAUCAUGCUGUGGGGAUGUUUUUCAGCGGCAGGGACUGGGAGAUUAGUCAGGAUCAAGGGAAAGAUGAACGGAGCAAAGUACAGCGAGAUCCUUGAUGAAAACCUGCUCCAGAGCGCUCAGGACCUCCCACUGGGGUGAUGGUUCACCUUCCAACAGGAAAACGACCCUAAGCACACAGCAAAGACAAUACGGGAGUGUCUUCGGGACAAGUCUUUGAAUGUCCUUGAGUGGCCCAGCCAGAGCCCGGACUUGAACCCGAUCUAACAUCUCUGGAGAGACCUGAAAAUAGCUGUGCAGCGACGCUCCCCAUCCAACCUGACAGAACUUGAGAGGAUCUGCAAAGAAGAAUGGGAGAAACUCCCCAAAUACAGGUGUGCCAAACAUGUAGCGUCAUACCAAGACUUGAGGCUGUAAUCUCUGCCAAAGGUGCUUCAACAAAGUACUGAGUGAAGGGUCUGAAUACUUAAGUAAAUGUAAUAUUUUUACUUUUUUAUAAAUUUGCAAAAAACUUUAAAAACCUGUUUUUGUUUUGUCCUUAUGGGGUAUUGUGUGUAGAUUGAGGGGAAAAAACAAUUUAAUCAAUUUUAGAAAAAGGCUGUAACGUAACAAAAUGUGGAAAAAGUAAAGGGGUCUGAAUACAUUCCGAAUGCACUGUAGACAAAUGUAAUUGAAGUAGAAAAGAACAAGGUGCCAGGCAGGUUGUGAUUUGGUUGGAUGUCUUGUAAUGCGUGGAGACCGUCAUCCCAAACAUUUCUGACUUUAUGUGCACUCCAUUGUCAUGCCAUAGGGGAAACGAGAUAGGGUGCCCUCCCACCUGGAGACCAAAAUAAUGGAAAAUUGGCAAUUGGAGGUACCAGUUGGAGUUAGGUUUGAUUAAAGAUAUCUAAAAGGUGGGGAAGAGACUGAGAAACAUUCUGGAGGGGUCGCUUUGUUUAAAAGGUUUCUGGCAUCAUUUCCUUCACUUUGGUGCUGAAACCUUUGCUUGGUUAUCUCCCUGAGGACCACGAGUGAUCAGAUCUGUCUGUGUUUGUGUCCCAGGAUCGAUGAGGAGCUCCUAGGUGACGGUCACAGCUACAGCCCCAAAGCCAUCCACUCCUGGUUGACGCGGGUAAUGUACAACCGCCGCAGCAAGAUGAACCCACUGUGGAACACUGUGGUCAUCGGUGGAUUUUACAACGGCGAGAGGUGGGCUGAGUUUUCAACAUCUUUAACUAGUCAUUUUUUGUCCUUAUCAGAGGUCAUGCCAAGAGGUGGAACUCUUGAAAUUGCUUAGAAAUGUGGGCGUGCCCGUUGCCAUAUUAAAUAGAAUAUUUAAACCAUGACCCUGGUUAGUUUUUGCCUUUAACAAACCUCCUACCCUGGUCUCGAUGUUAACAUCAAACUGACUUGGGAUCUGCAGAUAAAUACAUAUUGUAGCUAGCUACACCAAAAUAAAUGCAUAACUUGACAUCAACUUGUAUUUUUCUCUAGCUUCCUGGGCUAUGUGGACAAGCUGGGUGUGGCCUAUGAGGCACCUACAGUGGCGACAGGGUUUGGCGCUUACCUGGCGCAGGUGAGAGGCCAAAUGAGCUAAUGAACGCGAGGGAACUGCUACUGGGUGGCAGUAAUGACUUCUAUACAUUUCAUCGUUUAUAAUUUAUCUUUAGCAAUUGAAAGAUAAGAUGCCAUAGUUUCUAUUCGCAAGAUUGGCUAAAGUUGUAAUUCCUUUUCCAAGUUGUAGAGCUGAGCUACACUAGUUCAUAUGAAGUAGUGGCAACCCCUUCUGGGACAAGAAAUUGUAUGAAUAUAAUUGGAAGUAAUCUGUACUGCAUGAUGCGUCUGCAUCAAAUUCAGAUGUUACCUCAUGUUGAUACUGUAUGUAAAAAUGGAUGUUCGAGUUCUACACGGACCCUUGCAGUAUGUCUGGGUUUGUUGACUGUAAGGUUAUUAUUUGUGUCCAUGCAGCCCCUGAUGAGGGAGGUGGUGGAGAACAAGGUGGAGAUCACCAAGGAUGAGGCCCGGGCUCUGAUUGACCGCUGCCUCAAAGUGCUGUACUAUCGCGACGCUCGCUCUUACAACAGGGUGAGUCGUUAGUCUCGGAACUGUCCUGAAUUUUUUUGCUGCUAUUUUCAACAGCACAUUGGGAAUGUCAAUGUUUCUAUUUUGAAGCUACCAGUCUCGUAGCUAUUUGUGACACUGUUUCUGUUUAUAGCAUGAAAUUGCCAUUGUGACAAAAGAAGGCGUGGAGAUUGCUGGCCCCAUGUCCUGUGAGACCAACUGGGAAAUUGCCCACAUGGUCAGGUAGGUUAUAGCCACAUGACUGUCUAGUCAGAAGUGUCCAUCAAGUUGGUAUUAUGUUUAGUGUAGUAAACUUAGUUUAUCACUUGAGGAAAAUUCUGUUUAAAGUUGUCAUUUCUUUGUCCUAAAUUGAUUAAAGCAUUUCAUUGAGCAGAUACAUUGUAGAGCUUGUGGAAUAUUUCACACAGGAUGUGCCUCUCUAAUUAAUAUGAUAAUGUGAUAAGAAUGACAUUUUCUUUUACAGUGGGUUUGAAUGAGGACGAUGUUGGCGAUUCAGGACUACGUUAAGCCACACUAUUGGUCUGUUCCAUUACAUUCUAAAAUGUUACCACUUUGAUAGGACUGCUAUGUAACAAUUUUAGUUUCCCCCCCCCCUUUUGUAAUAUGAAAAAUAAAUGUAAAACAUCUGAAUGGGUGAGUUAUUUAAACUUGAAUGACAGUCAGGCUUAAAAUAAAUCUGAAGUUCUGAGAUUAUCUUCAUAUACUGUAAUUGGAAAGGUCCACACACAAGCAGAGCAGAGGGCAAACAUUCUUGGGAAGAAAUGACACCUAAGCACUUGUAGACUUUUGUAAUACUCACAUUUAUCCACAUCAAAGUGGUAAAAGAGGACCCUGUGUCAAGAGCAAAUCCUGUCUGCUUCCAUGUUAAGCACAAAUUAUUUUCGGUUCAACCAUACAGAACUGCACCGGACUAUGCUGUUAAUACCACAAAGGAAAUCCCACCAUUAAAGCAGAGUUGACACUUUAUUUCAUAUUUAAAAAUAGUGAAUUGUUCAGGUGAAGAAAAAUAAACCAAGAGGUAGGAUGGAAUCUAAGAGAAGGCAGUUGGU